AUGAGAUAAAGCCUUCUCUUGACUUUAGUCUUACUCAUUAAUGUGAUAUACUAAGGAGUAUAGGGACAAACUGAAAUUAAUUUAGCCCCAGAGGACUUCAUCAAAGGAUUUAAGCCAUAUGAAGCAUUGAAAGCUCUAAUACAACAGUAAAUUAAUGGAGAAGUGAGCUGGGGCACAUGCGAGAGUGCUGAAGGAUUCAAAGCAGAUUUAUCAAGCACUCAUAGCGAACCUAAAAUCCCAGUUAAAGGAAAAGAUGUGCUUUUGAACUUGGCUGGCACAUUUACUGAUGAUAUAAAUCUUGAUAAAAUCAAUGUCUACGUGGAGUGGAACAAGACACCAUUGUAUACUAAUGACUUUCCGAGGUAAGCAGUAUUUGCUGCCUCUGAUCCCUACACUGAUUAGAUCAAAUGGGCAAUACCUGCUUAUGCUCCAUCUGGUCAUUAUGCUGUUAAGAUAUCAAUGAUUGACGAUUAAAAGAUAAGUAUUGCUUGUAUUACAGCUGAUUUUGAUCUUUGA